AUGGAGUCGGAGGACGAUAUGGAGCUGAUGAUGGACGAUUCGAACGACGACGAUGAAUUCUUCGGUGGCGGAGGAGAUGAUGAUGACGACGACCUGGAUGACGUCAUCAUGGAUUACGAUGGCUUCAUUGACCAUGAUUCGGAUGACUCCGAUGACCUGUCAUCCUCCCAUUCACACCACCAGCAUCAUCAUCGAUCGCAGAACUAUACAAUUUUGAGUGAAGCUGAUAUUCAGCAACUGCAACAGGAAAAUAUUACGAAAAUAUCUAUGGUUCUUUCAAUUCCAAGGGAUGCUGCUAGCAUUUUACUCCGCCACUAUAACUGGAGUGUUAGUAAAGUGAACGAUGAAUGGUUUGCGGAUGAAGAAAAUGUCCGUAAGGCUGUUGGUUUGUUAGAGAAUCCCAUCCCCCUUCCUGCUGCUAAAGAGCUAACUUGUGGAAUAUGCUUUGAAACAUAUCCUUGUGAUAGGAUGAGUGCUGCUGCCUGUGGUCAUCCCUUUUGUGUCACGUGUUGGCAAGGGUAUAUUAGCACAGCCAUUAAUGAUGGCCCCGGCUGUUUGAUGUUACGCUGCCCUGACCCAUCCUGUGGCGCUGCAGUUUGUCAGGACAUGGUGAAUAAAUUGGCUUCCGAAGAUGAUAAAGAGAGAUAUAAUCGCUACUUCCUUAGAUCAUUUGUUGAAAAUAAUAGGAAAACCAAAUGGUGUCCUGCACCAGACUGUGACCAUGCUGUAGAUUUUAUUAUUGGUGGUGGAAACUAUGACGUUACUUGUCAUUGCUCAUACAGUUUUUGCUGGAAUUGUGCUGAGGAAGCCCAUCGUCCAGUUGACUGUGGAACUGUAGCAACAUGGAUAUUGAAAAACACAGCUGAGUCUGAAAAUAUGAAUUGGAUAUUGGCUAAUUCCAAACCUUGUCCGAAGUGCAAGCGGCCAAUUGAGAAGAACCAAGGUUGCAUGCAUAUUACAUGCACUCCACCCUGUAAAUUUGAGUUUUGCUGGCUCUGCCUCGGUUCAUGGACAGAACAUGGUGAAAAAACAGGUGGUUUCUAUGCUUGCAAUCGUUAUGAGGUUGCUAAACAAGAAGGAUUGUUUGAUGAAACUGAAAAACGAAGAGAGAUGGCUAAAAACUCUUUAGAAAGAUAUACACAUUAUUAUGAAAGAUGGGCUACCAACCAAUCGUCUAGGCAAAGGGCACUGGAAAAUUUACAUCAAAUGGAAACUGUACAUCUGGAAAAGCUGAGUGAUAAACAGUGUCAACCCGAAUCUCAGCUGAAGUUCAUAAUAGAGGCCUGGCUACAGAUUGUUGAAUGUAGACGGGUUUUGAAAUGGACAUAUGCAUAUGGAUAUUAUUUACCCGAGCAUGAACGGGCCAAGAAGCAGUUCUUUGAGUACUUACAAGGUGAGGCUGAGUCUGGUUUGGAACGGCUUCAUCAGUGUGCAGAGAAGGAAUUUCAAGGCUACCUCAAUGCUGGGGGUCCAUCAAAAGACUUUAAUGAGUUCCGCACAAAGUUAGCUGGAUUGACCAGUGUGACUAAGAAUUACUUUGAGAACUUGGUCCAAGCUUUAGAAUAUGGUCUAUCAGAUGUAGACUCUCAGGGCACUGGCAGUAGGGCAGGUAGCUCGAAAACUCUGGGACGUGGAAACAGCAAGGGGAAAAGCAAUAGAGGCAAGGGAACUGCGUCCAGGUCGAACAGUUCUCGAAACAUAGAUGAUUUGGGACAUUGGUCUUGCGAAUAUUGCACCUUUGCCAAUGCUAGAUCAGUUGCUGUUUGCCAAAUGUGCCAGCAACGCCGGUGA